UGAAAUCCAAGUGAAAUCCAAGUGAAACCCAAUUGAAAUCCAAGUGAAAUCCAGUUUCCCCGACUGAACGGGUUACUGCUCAGCGAAAAUGUGCGACCACAAGUUCCUGUUCAAGAUCCUCGUCCUGGGCGACUCCGGCGUGGGCAAGACCUGCCUGCUGAUGCGCUUCGUGGACGACCGCUUCACCGGGAAGUACGUGUGCACGGUGGGCAUUGACUUCAAGGUGCGCCUCGUGGAGGUGGCGGGCCAGAAGGUGAAGCUGCAGAUCUGGGACACCGCCGGCGAGGAGCGCUUCCGCUCGGUGAUGCCCUCCUAUUUCCGAGGUGCCAAUGGCGUUCUGCUCGUCUACGACACCACGUCGGCCGCCAGUUUCCAGCACAUCGAACACUGGCUGGAGGAGAUGCGGCGCUGCUGUCCGCAUCGCAUCAACGUGCUCCUGGUGGGCAACAAGUGCGACGACCUGGAGAGGCGCCAGGUGAGCCAGGAGCAAGCCACCAUCUACGCCGACCACCGAGCACUCGCCUUUCGCGAGGUGUCCGCCAAAAGUGGCGUCAAUGUGAACUACGUGUUCGCCGCCUUGGCGGUGAACAUCUAUAACCGCCUGGUGAUCUCGCGUCGCCUUCUCGCUGAGCAGGAUUGCAAGGACGAGAAGCAGGACAAGAAGCCGGUGGCAUCCAAGGUCCACUUGGCUGGCCAACGUCGCCUGCGAUCCAAUCCCCCUGAGCGGUGCUGUUAAAAAUUUUUUUUUUUUUUAUCAUUUUUUUGUAUUUCCUGCUGAGGAGAUGACGUUUGAUUUACA